AUAUUUGUUUAUUGAUUAUACAAAAACGAUGCAAAGCUAUUAAUAAUGGUCAAACAUGAAAUAUAUGAUUAAGAGAAGAAGAAUAAUGAUGGCGAUUAAUUGCUAACAAGUCCUACGGAAAAUGGAUAAAAUUAUUUUCGAGUACAAAGAAUUGUUGUGUAUGACUAAUUUUUAUCAAUCUUUAUUUCCUAUUUUUUUAUUAUUAUUAUCAUUAUGUCAGUUAUAAUGAUUAUUACAUUACCACCACCCUCGAAGAAAAAGCUGUCGAAGCAAUACGUUGAGUUACACAUUACACUAACCGUUAGUUCAGUUGCUAGGUCGACUAUUGUUUAGUCAACUUGAUCGUUAAAUAAGCAUCAAUCUUUGUAAUUAUCAAAUCAUAAACGGAUAUCAUUGAUAUUGUGUAUUAGUACUCCAUUAACAGAUUAAUACCGGCUAAUAAACUACCUUUAUCAAAUCUGGUGAUAAGAAAUGAAGAAAGAAAAAUUAUAUUAAUAUUUCAGUACUUUAACUUCAAAUACUGAAGUUGUCAAUUUAUCAUUGCUUAUCUAUAAUGUUGAUAACAAAAAAAUAAUAAUUCAAGAUUUUUAAAUCAGAACUCUCAAAUAUAAAUGAUCGUGAACAAUACUGACAAUAUAACUUAAAAAUAAUUACUAUUAUCUUAGUUUAUAACGAUGAGUCGAUUUAUAUAGUUUUACAAACAAAAAAUUAUUUAUUUUUUUAAAGUUACCAUCUUUUAUUUUUAAAUAGAAUUUAGUGUGAUUUUUCGAUUGCAACGUCAAGUUCAAGUGAAAAACAGUCAUGACACAUGUACCUGAGGAUCCAGAAAAAUUGGAGAAGAAAAAAAAGAAGAAAGAUGGUGAAAACCACCAGACUGAAGAAGAACUGGAUUUUGUUGAGGAUGAAACACCACCACCACCUGAUGGGGGAUGGGGUUGGGCGGUUGUUUUUGCUUCUUUUAUGAUUCAUGUUGUCACGGACGGAGUAACUUAUUCUUUUGGAGUAUUUUAUAUUGAAUUUCUUUAUUACUUCAAAGAAGGAAAGGGCGCAACAGCAUGGAUUGCAUCUAUACUUGUUGGAAUAACUUUAUGUUCCGGCCCGAUAUCGAGUGCUUUUGUCAACAAAUACGGUUGCCGAGCUGUAACAAUAGCAGGUGCAAUUCUUUCAAGCAUUUGCUUACUUCUAAGUGUAUGGGCACCAAAUGUUAUAACUCUUUACUUCACAAUAGGCAUAGGAACAGGACUAGGAUUCGGUUUAAUUUACCUUCCAGCAAUUGUAUGUGUAACAAUUUAUUUUGAAAAACUACGAUCUCUUGCUACGGGUAUAGCAGUAUGUGGUUCUGGAAUAGGAACACUAAUAUUUGCUCCAUUUAUUGAAUAUCUUAUUAGAGAAUUUGGAUGGAGAGGUGCAAUGUUAAUUUUAUCGGCGCUGGUUCUUAAUUGUAUUAUACUUGGAGUCUUAUUCCGACCAGUUGAGCCUCCACGACGGCCUAAAAGUAUACCACUACAGGAAAUAAAAUCAUCUUCAGCAAAUCUCAAAGUUCCCGGUUCCAAUGGGACUUCAAAUGGCUUAAAUAGGCCGCAUAGUACACAAAAUAUUAGUACAACGUAUCAUUUUGUUACGGAUAAUAAUGAUAAUACAAAAUAUUUAGGAAAUAUAACAAUGAGUCAACCGGUUUUAACCAAAGGAAUUUCUCAUCAAGGAAAUUUCAAUCAUUCACACCAUGGUAGUGAGAUGAAUACUAAAUCUCUCGGCAGUGGUAUGAUGAAUAAACGUGAUAUAUUUUAUCAAGGCAGCGUUGAAAAUAUCCGUAAGCGUUCUGCAUCUGUUGGACAUCAUGAGGUUCGUUCAACAAUACGUAAUUCUGUAAUGAGUUUACCAAAUGCAACAGGAUAUAAACCAAGUGAAACAACGGAAUGCGCUCCUUACAUGGAUAAAUCUUGUGGAAUUUUACAACAAAUGCUGGAAUUAUCAUUAUUGAAAGAUCCAGUGUUUCUUAUCUUCGUUAUAUCAAAUUUCUGCACAAGUAUAGGUUUCAAUAUUCCUUAUGUCUAUAUAAUCACCCAAGCUGAAUCACGAUCAAUCCCACGAGAUACUGCAAGCUAUUUACUGGCAAUAAUUGGUAUUGCCAAUACUGUCGGUCGUAUUGUUCUUGGCUAUGUCUCAGAUAAGCCAUGGAUUAAUCGUCUUUUAGUUUACAAUCUGUGCUUGACUAUUUGUGGUUUUGCGACAAUAUUAAGUGUCUACUGCGAUUCUUUUGUAUCUUUUGCAGUUUAUACUAGUGUUUUUGGAUUUACUGUUGGAGCAUAUGUAGGACUUACGUCUGUAAUUUUAGUUGAUUUAUUAGGUUUAGAACGCCUUACAAAUGCAUUCGGUUUAGUUUUACUGUUUCAAGGGAUUGCAUCACUCUUAGGACCACCUAUAGCAGGAUGGCUUUAUGAUGCAUUAGGUUCUUAUGAUCCUGGAUUUUUUGUUGGUGGUGCUAUGAUUGCUAUCAGCGGUCUAAUAUUAUUUUUUAUACCUCCUAUGCAACGUUGUAUAAAAAAGAAAGAAGAAAAAUUUGUAAUGAUUAGUGUCACAGCGUAGUUAGUGUUAUUAUUGUUGAUGACAGUUAGAUAAUUUAUAAUUUAUUAUUUUUUAAUAAUACCAAAUAUGAAAAAUAAUUAUUUUUAUAAUUGUAUUAUAGUUUUUUCUCUCUCAAUAAGUAGUAUUUUUUUUAAUACUCAAUAAUGACUUGACUAAUUUAAUCAAUCAGUUAAUUUAAGAAAAGUAACCAAAAUAAUCGAUUGAACUCCAGAUUAUAUUAAGUAAAACGUUCCAAACUAUAUUUACUUUUAGUUUAAAGUUAAGUAAACUUUGUUAUGCAUUUUUAAUUGUGAUAUAUAAUUAAAGGUGAAGCUUUCAGAAACUUUUUUAUCACACUAAAUAUUGGAGUAGCUAUCCCGUAUUAUUUAAGUUAUAUAUAUGUUAAAAUCCAUAGGUUUUUGCUCUGCUUUUUUUUUGUAACUAAAGUGCUAAAAAUGUUGACUAAAUGGAUAAGAAGCUAAUUAAUACAUGUAGUAAAAAAAAAAAGUAUUAUUUAGAAACAAAAAAUUAUUACACGCUUAUACUUAUGGCGGUAAAUCUUUGUACAAAAACCGCAGAUUUUUACAAGUUUUAAUUAACUAAUGCGGCAGGUGUACUUGUCUAGCAAUCUUACUGUAGACAAUCAGUAGUCUUUUAGUAAUUAUAAUAAAAUAAUUGUAUAAAAAAAUUGUUACGUAUGAAAGAUAUAUUUUAUAAAAAUAAUGUUAUCUUAUAAUUUCUGAUAUUCU